UGGUGUGGUGGGCGGGGGCGCGGGUGGUGGCGUGGGCGGCGGUGUGGGCGGGCGUGUGCGUGCGGGCGGGGCGGGCGGCGUGCACCAUGGCCGAGUUCCCGUGCAAGAACCGCCAAUGUGUGAGCCUUGACCGCUAUUGCGACGGCGUGCGAGACUGCGGCGACGGUAGCGACGAGCCCAACGCCUGCUCCCCGUGCAACAGGACCUACUACGGGCGCGUGGGCUCCACCUACACGCUUCAGGUGCGGAAGCCGGAGAAGGGCACGCUGCCGCACUUCUGCCAGCUCACCUUCAUCGCCUCGGGAGACGUGUACGGCGAUCUGGUGCAGCUUAGUAUCGAGAAGUUCAGUUUGGGCAGAUUCGUGUCGCACACCUCGGCGGGCUGCCCCGACGGCUACAUGCAGAUCGAGGAGUUGAGCCGCCCCCUGAACAGCGGCUACUGGUGCGGUGACGCCUGGGGCCACAACGUGUUCUACUCCGAGACCUCGGCGGUGAGUCUGCGCAUCCGCGUGUUCACGAGGCUCGAUGAGCAGCCGAGGGACGGGCCCGCCGCCUACCUGCCGCAGGACUCCGUCAUGCUGCGGAUAUCCUACCGCUUUCUGCAGAAGGAGCGCGCGGUGCUGCGUUACGGCGCGCCCUACAGCCCCAAGUACCGCGGCGAGGACGUGGCCAACACCUUCUGUGACCGCGUCUUCGAGAACUGUGACAAGCGUAACUGUAAGAUCCAGUCCCCGAACUUCCCGGGCAUGUACCCGCGCAACCUGACCUGCCACUACCGCCUCAGCCAGACCCGCGUGCCCGACGGCAAGGUGGCGCUGAUCCGCGUGUUCCAGCGCAACCCGCACCUCAUCUACAUCAAGGACCGCAACGCGCCGCACCUGUCCCGCGAGCAGCAGAUGCGUGUGGGCUCGGCGUGCCACGUGCUGCACGACUACCUGGUAGCCUACGACGGCCGCUCCACGCGCGCCGCCGUGCUGGCCACGCUGUGCAAGGGCGGCGCGACCCUCAGCGGCAUCACCUCCAGCGGGCCCCACCUGCUGCUCGUCUUCCACGCCUCGCCCUUCGACUUCCCCUUCCAGGACUCGCCGCGCCGCCGCACGUUCGGCUUCGAGCUCGACGUCGAGGUUGAGUUCGUCGACCGCGCCAGCACGGCGUACGUGCGUCCCGGCGAAGCGUGCAGCCACGAGGUGAGCAGCCGCGGCCAGCGCAGCGGGUAUCUGCAGGCGCCGGCUCACUCCCUGCUGCCCAACACCACCUGCUGGUGGCGCCUGCUGGCCGAGCCCUCCGAGGUGGUGUGGCUCUACUUCCUCCACUACCGCCACGUCCACCACCCGGAGAUGCCCACGCCCGCCCACUGCUCCAACACCCUCACCAUCACCGACGGGGACGUCAUCACCGCCCCGCCCCCCCAACUGACCCCCCUCAUCGCCGCCGCCGCGGACAACACGAGCCUCACGACCACGCUGCUGGGCCGCUUCUGCCGCCCCGACAAGCUGCCGCGCGUGUGCUCGGGCGUGCACGCGCCGGGGCCGCAUGCCGCGCCGUGUCUGCCGGGGGAGAGCUACGUGUCUUCUUCGCCGGCCCUCACGCUGUCCCUGCGGUACGCGGCGGGCACGGCGCCGGCACACGUGGAGUUCCUGGCGCGCUACGAGUUUGUGGACAAGCGGCAGUGGGGGGUGCCCACCCCCGGCGGCGGCCCCUGCGACCGCACUUUCACUCUGAGGCCGGAGGGACUCUUCGCCUCGCCGCGCGACGUGUUCCUGUUCGGCCGUGGCGGCUCGCGCAAGCUGCGCUGCGUCUAUACCUUCCAGGCCGCCCCGCACCAGCGCGUGGCGCUGCGCAUCAUCCGCUCCCGCAUGGGCUCGGCGUGCAGCACGGAGUACCGCCACGCCUCGCUGCGCUUCGAGUGUUCGCACGGCGGCGCGGCGGGACGGCCCGCCAUCUGGGUGCAGGAGCAGCCGUGGCCGGACGUGGCCAUGACCCGGGCGUGUGUGUGCGCCACGCCCCGCGAGCGGCCCUUCUCGGUGCUGAGCUACACUCCGCGCCUGCAGCUGGUCUUCAGCGUGCCCGCCAUGACGGCGCAGCACGAUUACACGCACUUCUUUUUCGAGGGCGAAUACUCCAUCGUGGACGCCGCGCCGCAGGGAGCCGAGUGCGACUUCGCGGCGCGGCGCCUCGAAGGCCGCUUCGGGAACUUCACGGUGGGCGGCGCGGCAGCGGAAGAGACGGAGUUUGAGGGCGGGGGCGGCGACCCCUGCCUGGCGCUGCCCCGCCUGGUGACGGCCACGGACGGCUCCUUCCUGUUCCUGCGGUUGCCCGGCACCGCCGCCACGCAGAGCUCCGCGGCCUGUCCCGCCGACUGGCGCCUCAACGUGUACGCGCCGGGCGGCCUGGCGCCCCUCGCCUCCGUGUGCCCCGCCCCACGCUACUCCUACACGCCCGUCUUCAGCAGCGGCUGGCGCGGCGGCGGCGGCGGCGGCGGCAGCGGGGAGCGGCACCACGUGGGGCGGCGGCAGCAGGAGACUCGGGACCUGCUGCUGGAGGUGGCAGGCAACGCCUCGGUGGCGCUACGUGUGUCGUGGGUCAGCGUGUGGCGGCCGCUGCAGACGGCGCCGCUGUCCCCCGCCGGCGCCGACCUGUGCCCGCACCGCUGCCCGGAGAUCAGCGCGUGCCUGCCGCCGCAGCUGUGGUGCGACGGCGAGGCGCACUGCCCCGACGGCACGGACGAGGGAGCGGCGGCGUGCGGGCUGCUGGCGGCGCUGCCCUGGGUAUACCUGGCGGCGGGCACGGUGCUGAUGGGCUCCCUAGCGGCGCUGCUGGCGGCCGUGGUGGUGCACCGGCGCCGCUCGCAGGCCGUGAAGGCGGUGGCGGCGGCGGUGGUGGAGAACAACAGCCACGGCCUCAAGAGCGCCACGCACGACCCGCUGCUGCCGCCGGAGAAGGACUCGUGGUGACGCCGCGCCCCGCCCCAAGACCUCGUCUGUGUCGACUACGAGACCACCGUGUAGGGCGGGGCGGGGCACACCACACCACGCUGACAACACCACCGACAACACCACAUCACACCGGCAACACCACCGACAACACCACACCUCACCACCGGUGUGGCAUCGAAUUCCGUCCCUCUGUCAGGAAAUGUCCGAAAUUGGUCUGCACAUGCGCGGGCUUUGCUAUUUUGUCCAUUUCAUUCACUGCCCAGUCUUUCAAUAGCUUACAGUAAGCUUACCUUUGAUCUUAUGCCAGUUUUCAUGAAAAAAUUGCCAAAUUCCAGGCUGUCUUGGACCCCGCAGCUCAGCGAGUACUGAAUGGAGAGUAUCCCAUAAACCUGACCCUGAAUCAGAAGAAAACUGAGGAGACAGAAGGACAGUCAUACGAUCAAAGGUAAGCUGUGUACAAGCUAUUAGAAGGCAGUGCAGGGAAAGAAAUGGACAAAGUAGCAAAGCCCGCGCAUGCGCAGUUCACUUUCGGACAUUUCCCGACAGAGGGACGGAAUUCGACGCCACACCAGCAAAACCACACCACCACCAACACCACUGACAACACCAGCAACACCACAACAAUAACACCAACACCACCAACACCACUGAUAACACCACACCAACACCACCACCAACACCAACACCAACACCACACCAACACCACUGACAACACCAACACCAACACCACCAACACCACUGAUAACACCACACCAACACCAACACCAACACCACACCAACACCACACCAACACCACUGACAACACCACCAACACCACACCAACACCACUGACAACACCACCGACCCCACACCAACACCACUGACAACACCACCAGCACAACACCACACCAACACCAACACCACCACCAACACCACACCAACACCACUGACAACACCAACACCAACACCACCAACACCACUGAUAACACCACACCAACACCAACACCAACACCACACCAACACC